ACUGUUGUCGCCUGUUCUUGUUUAUUCUUGUUCUGUAAAAAGUAUGAAAAGCCUUGCUCCAGAUAAUAUGUAGUGAUUUGAUAGGACUAAUAAAAGCUAUAAGGAUUAAGUAAUAAUUCAUAAUUGUAGAUCAAUUUCAAGCAGUUACAAUGUCGCAAGGAAAAAUUGUUCUUAUGGCUUGCGGCAGCUUCAGUCCCCCGACUUAUAUGCAUUUACGUAUGUUUGAAAUUGCCAGAGAUUACAUACAUAGUUUGGGAUUGGGCACAAUUGUAGGUGGCAUAGUCUCACCGGUGCAUGAUGCAUAUGGCAAAAAAGACCUUGUAGCCGCGCAACACAGAAUAUCAAUGCUGCAGUUAGCAGUUCGUUCUUCUGGUUGGAUCAAGGUCUCCGAGUGGGAAACACAACAGUCUGGUUGGACCAGGACUAAAGUCUCCCUGCAAUAUCACCAGGUAGGGUCUGGUAUUACAUUCAACAUAAAACCGAGAGAGUCUCUUAGAGAAAAAAUUAAAGAAAUAAAUAUAUUAACUUUGGCCUCUCAGUAUAUUUACGAAAUUUUAAUGUAUGUUCACAAAAACAAAAGUAGUUUUAGUAAAAAAAGUGAUGUACACACUAUAAACACUAGGAACAAACACAGGCUAGUGAUACCAGUUUCUCGACUCUACAGAGUCAGUAAUUAAUUCUUGAGGCAAUGUAUACACUAUUACAACAAAGCCCCAGAAAAUAUGUAAGGUCUCUAUUACCAAGUUUAAAUAUUUUAUUAAACAAAAACUGUACAAGUGUUAUUAUAAUAUAAAUGAAUACAUGGUUGAUAAUAACUCCCGGGAAUGAGGUGAUUGUUUCCAAGCUGUUUCUAAAAUAAAUUUUGUAAAUGUAAUGUAAUGUUCAACCUUUCAUGUAAAUUUACUUUGAAGAAAAGCCGCACUGGGUUUCUUGCUGGUUAUUCCCAGGACAGAGGCUUCCCUGUCCUGGGAAUGGGUCGGCUCGACCGGGGAAGAACCACGCUCUCGCAGAAUACCAGCGUAAAAUUCCGCUAUCCGUGAAUUUUUGCAACAUCAGGGGACUUCAUUCUAACCUUAACGCGGUCCAUUACCAUCUAGAGACGGCGAAGCCGGCCUUGCUCUUUUUAAUCGAGACUCUGUUGUCCUCUCCGGCUGAUACUACAUAUCUCUCCUACCCGGGGUACAAAUUGAAAAUGAAAAUUCGACGCCUCGGCAGUCUUGAAGGUACGGACCUGUCCAUCCUAUGGCUGCGCGUAGACAGCGACGACCAUCCCCGCGUCUACGGGUGCCUCUAUAGGUCCCAUAGCGGUAACGCCGACACAGACCUACUCAUCGACCACGUCCAAAUGGCUGCAGACUCCGUGCUACAACAGAUCCCAUCCACAGAGAUCGUGAUACUCGGUGAUUUUAACGCCCACCACGCUGAAUGGCUUGGUUCUCGUUUCACCGAUCAUGCGGGUAGAUCGGUCUAUGACUUUGCCUUGGUAUAUGGUCUAACACAACUGGUUACUUCGCCUACGCAGAUCCCAGAUGUGGAGGACCUUGUACCUUCCCUGUUGGACCUUUUGCUGACCUCUCAUCCGGACGGAUAUCCGGUCUCCGUCGAUGCCCCUUUGGGCUCUUCGGACCAUUGUCUGAUCCGGAGUACGGUGCCACUCACACUCCAAUCGCAGUUGUGAUCUGCAGCUUGCCGCCGUGUUUGGCACUAUAGGUCGGCCGAUUGGGAUGGGAUGCGGUAUUUUUUUGCAUCCUACCCUUGCGGGCGCUCUGGGGGAUCACCAGUUUCCUUGCUGAUCGGAGCAUCAAGGUCGUAGUAGACGGUGCAUGCUCUGAUCUCAAGCCUGUCAACGCUGGUGUUCCACAAGGCUGCGUGCUAUCACCAACGCUGUUUCUCCUGCAUAUCAAUGAUAUGUUGCAAACUGGUAACAUUCAUUGCUAUGCAGACGACAGCACUGGUGAUGCCUUAUAUAACGGCCAUGCCAAUAUUUCUCGGGAAAACGUCGCCGAGUACCGGGACAAAUUUGUGUCUGAAGUCAAGUCUUUGCUGAAUAAAGUGUCGAAUUGGGGGCGACUAAAUUUAGUCCAGUUCAACCCCCAGAAGACACAAGUUUGCGCGUUUACCGCUAAAAAGAACCCCUUUGUCGUAUCUCCUCAGUUUCAAGGCACUCCCCUUGCUGCCUCAGCUAGCAUCGGAAUCCUUAGCGUCGAGCGUCGACAUAUCGAAUAGUGUGCAGUUUCGUGGUCACUUGGAAGGGAAGGCCAAAUUGGCCUCUAAAAAGCUUGGCGUGCUCAGCAGAACGAGACAGUAUUUCAUGCCGGCACAUCGGUUGCAACUUUACAAAGCGCAAGUUCGGCCUCACAUGGAAUACUGUUCUCAUCUCUGGGCCGGGGCACCCCAGUGCCAUCUCCUUCCACUUGACCGCAUCCAGCGCAGAGCGGUUCGAAUCUGCGACGACCGAGUUCUUUCUGAUCGGCUCGAUACACUGGCACUGCGUAGAGAUGUUGCAUCUCUUUGCGUAUUUUAUCGUAUCUAUCACGGGGAGUGCUCUGAGGAAUUAUUCGGACUAAUUCCAGCCGCUCAAUUUCACCAUCGCAUAUCGCGACAAAACUCGCGAUACCAUCCACACCAUCUGGAGGAUUGGCGGUCCACCACUGUGCGAUUUAGGAGAAGUUUUCUCCCUCGCAGGAAGUUUCCUUGUGGAAUCGAUUACCACCAGCGAUUUUUCCGGACCGAUACGACUUAGGAACCUUCAAAAAAAGAGCUUACACCUCUCUAAAAGACCGGCAAUGCAUCUGCAAUUCCUCUGGUGUUGCGGUUGUUCAUGGGCGGCGGUAGUCACUUACCAUCAGGUGAGCCGCAUGCUUGUUUGCGCCCUCUUCUAUAAAAAAAAUAUAGCAGCUUAACACUGCUGUGUUUCGUAUGGUGAGUCUAUAGAACCGGAGACCCUAUUUACGGUAAAAGAGGCAUUCCAUCUUAGUCCUUACGGCUGACAACACAUCUGCAUUUUCAUUCGCAAACGAGGAUGUAGAUGUCUAUGGGCCACAGUAAACACCAUCAGGUGGACUGUGUGCUCGCUUGUAACCCUUAUCCUAUAAAAAAAGUUUGUUUAUAAAAAGGUCUUAGGUCUUUUCUCAUGUCAUCAAAGAUGAGCGUCUUAUGGCGACUGUCAUUGGGGAAAAUAUUUGUGAGCAUCCCUUUUCUAGGAAACCCAUGUUUUAUGGUCAAGUACCGCGUCGGUGCAAGUGAUUGAGUGAGAGGUCGUGUCAGACUAGUGAUGCCCAAUAUUUAGCUUUGUGUAGAUAUAUCGUAUCGCAAUGUAUCGGUAGUUCUGAUAUCGAAACGGAAUAAUAUCGCAUGACUGUAUAAAUAUUGUUAAUAUCGAUGUAAUAAUAUCGUAUUGUAACUAAACACACAUGCAUAAUCGUAAAAGACUAUUACUGGAGAACAUUUUUACUGAUACUUGGUUCUAUCUUAGAUCUCAAAAGACUAGUGGCUAUGGUAUCCAUUAGCUGUUAAAAAAAUAGCAAUGCUACAUUAAUAAUAUACUCUUAAUCUACUCCUGGUAAGCUUAAUACGCUUGUGUUACGAGUGCUUCACGACAGUAGUCGCAUGGCGUAUUCGACCCGCCGAUCUGAUACAUGAUGAUUCGGACUGUCGCUUAUUUGCUGUUACCAAUAAGUGAACUGUUAGCUCGUAUAACCUAUUUUUUCUUAAUCGUCAGACCUAAAAAUUCCAGCGCUGGGCCUGGGACUCUCCCAUUGUAAAGGAGAUAUUUCUUAAUCGUCACACAUGGUAGGCGGAUAGAUGACCCCAGUAUCAGGCUUCUCAAACAAAUCGUAGCCUGACUGGAUUACUACAGGGACACCAUAACACCCAAAAGACUAUUAAUAUUUCAAAAUUUAGAAACUAAUCUUUUUUAAAUAAUUUUAAGUUUAAUUUACCACAAAUUAUUUCAAGUAAUAAUGUUCAACUGGUUUUAAAGUUCAUUACUAAAUUUAAAAAAAGCUCAACUCUUGCCACGUCUUCCGAUAUCAGUCCAUACACCGACAUCGGUUCAAUGCUCAGUGGCCUAAGUCUAGUCAGAGGAUAAAAAGUUUUAAAAAUGACUUUCAGGAUACAAUAAAUAACUAUUUAACAAAUGAAGCUUCGACCGAACCGCCAUCUUGGAUCCCUGAUGACAUUCUUAACGUGAACAGUAUAGACGAACCCGAUAACCUCAUGGAGAAGCUGAAUGGCAACUUGCAGGACGAUGGUAGAGUGACUAUCAAGUUGCUCUGCGGUGCUGAUCUUCUGGAAUCUUUCGCAACGCCUGGACUCUGGUCAGAUGAAGAUUUGGAGACGAUUGUCGGGAAGCACGGCUUAGUGGUUGUUACUCGAGCCGGCAACGAUCCAGGAAGGUUCAUAUACGAAUCUGACAUGCUUUAUAAAUAUCGGGUAAGAGAUAAUUUGAAUUAAAUAAAUACAUUAGAUAUAGGCACGAAGCAAAUACAAGAGGUGUUGUAAUUAGAUUUCACUAUGUAACAACGCGUGACAAUUUACGGGGAUAGGGGAUGUUAAGCCCCGCCCACUUUACUAUCUAUAUCUACCGAUAAAUAGUAAAACUACUCGAAACUUUCCAUAUCGAUGUUGCUAUGUAGUUUAGCUACCUUGACGAUACGAAACACGAAAUUAUUAUAAAAACUAUAGAGAAUGCAAAACAAAUUUCAGCACCUUCGUAUGAUUAUUUUACCAAUACUGAGCUCUACGUACCUUUAUAUUUUUAGUUCACAUGACACAAAGUGUCGCCAUCUAGUGUCGAAUAUAUUUAAUUAUAUUCGAAAGCCGGCGCAAAGAGAUUUUUCUAGAACUAUUUUAAUAAAUUAGGUGUAAAAAUACUUAUAAAUGAGAUAUGACGCCAUCCAUAGCAUCAGAGCGUCUAUCUGAGUAGUUUUUACACGUUAAAACACAACACUUCAUCCUUUUUUUCUUUAUACUACGAAAAUACACCGAUUUGCGAAUUUCAACACAAGCGCACAGGACGAAUGCUGACAGUAUAUAAUAACUGUGGCGGCGCUGUCGUCGCGCCACAAGCGAAACAUAUCGAAGCCUAAAUCACGCUAACAAAGUUCCAAAAUUGAAGCAGCAUAUAUAAUAGCUCCGAACUACCAAUCGGAGCGCUGGCCGCUCCCCGGGCAGAACACCUUGCCCGGCGGGAGAUCUCCCCUUUUCCUUACACCUAGCGGGUACUAGCGGGUGGCAUAACUAAAACCAACGCCCUCUAUAAUGACCUCAGGACCUACUCAGAAUCACAGUGCACAGUUGCUUAUGCCGUCUUCUUUUUGUAUUUGCUUCAUGGAUAUAGGGCUCUAUCAAACCGUGCUACUUAGUCCUAUUCGGCUUCACACAUCUAUUUACUGCCAACCACGUUGCGUAGUCGUCGCAAUAUUCAACUAAUAAAAAUCUUUAUACAGGGUUAUUUUGCAAUAACCGGCCCAAUUUGCAGAGAAGGUUCAAAAUAAGUGAUAUAGACAAAUGGCGAAGAAAAAUUGUUUAAAUAAACUCAAAGAUUCUGACCAUUUUAUCUUUUAAAUUAAAAAUGCAGGGUAAUGCAAUAUUUUAACUGGUUGUCAUUCAUAAAUAUCUAACGCCUACUAUUUUACUACACACGUACACAUUCGUAAGGGUCGCUCGGUUGAUAAAAACGUUGUGAAUUGAAUCGCACACAGAGGAGCGUGCGUACACGUAUUUGUUGCCCAUAAUUAACAUUCAAUUUGGGAUAAUUUCAAGUAAAAGUAGAAGCCUUAUUUACUCGUAUUUUCUAAAACUGUUAUAACGGUAUAUCAUUGUUUACAUAUUUGAACUUAAGUUUAAAAUUUGGCUAUUCUUUGAAAAAUAACACUGUGUAAAUAUAAUUGUUGGUGCAUUUGGUUGUGAUCGAGUAACUUCUGAAGCACUUGACCGAUUGAGAUCGUAUUCACACAAUAUAUUUGUUUUGUUUCUAGGCAUACUAGUAUCCUAUAGGUGGCGCUGUAGUUAAGUUAGUAACAGAUUCUAUACUUAUGAACCAAAAUUACUCAUUCAUCAAAAUAUAAUGUGAUUUAGUGCC